AUGAGUAAACUGUGCAGACAAGUGUCCAUUGAGUCCCCCGGGCCGACUCUCAGGGAAUGUGUGUUCAGUUUUGACGUACCUGUCCCUGACGUUCCUAUGUACGGCGCAAGGAUCCGAGUGGUGUACGCCGGAGCCUGCUACAGAGCGAACAAAACUCGCUCUGCUUCAGUCUGCAGCACUUCCUCCAUAUCUUCCAUAGGCAGCCUCUCGGGAGAAAUGGAGAACUUCGGUAUCCACACUCAUGCCACUCCUGCCCAUAUCGGUCUAAGAGACGGCGCUCUGUUUCCUGGUUACGAAGUAGCAGGUGUGGUAGAUGCCAUUGGCAAAGCUGCGGAAAGAUUAGAAGGAAUCAAAGAAGGGUCUAGAAUUGUUUUGUAUCCUUACGAAGGUGUACCUAAUGGAUAUGCGGAAUACAUCGUCGUACCAGAUUUUAAAUGUUUAGUACCCAUACCUGAUCAAUUGCCUCUGAGUGUGGCCGCCAUGCUUCCCACUGGUGCCUUAUUAGCCACGAAUACAGUGGCUACAGCUGGAGUGUGUUUGAAAAAGGUAUUGGAUGGACCAGCGAAAAAGGAGAGCACGACGGUGUUGAUUGUUGGAACGGGGGGGUUGGCGUUGUGGGCGUUGCGCAUUGCCACACAUUACUUUAAACAUGCUUCGUAUAACAAUCGCAUCAGGAUAUGCGUGGCUACCCUCAAAGACGAAGGAUUUAUUUUGGCGAAGGAAUGUGAAGAGGUAAAAGUAGUGCAGUGGAACGAAGACGCGUAUGAAAAGCAACUCAUAGAGAGGACUACAGAUGCAUGUGGUGGACCUGUGGACGUGGUGCUUAACUUCGGUACCACUUCAAGAUCACUCCACAGAUCUUUGCAGUGUCUUGCUGUGGGUGGUGUGGUUCUUGUGACUGAAGAUGUAGGAGAAAAGCUUUUGCCCAAGUUCGCAAAGAAAGCUGAGGAGAUGAACGUGCACAUAGAAAUUGUUCCCAACGGAUCUAUAGAACAGCUCAAAGAACUGGUGAAUCUGGUAUCUGGGGGAGAAAUCGAGCCGCCGCCGCACUCGGUGUUCCCAGCGGAAGAGGCGCAGGAAGUCGUCAGGAAGCUCUGUAACUCCGAGAUCACAGGAAGGGCGAUCCUCAAGUUCCAUAACAUUGAUUAA